AAUCAAAAUAAAAUGACAGAGCCUGCAGUCCGAAGAUCAAUACCAAAAUCAGAAUUAGAAAUGCACUUUCACUGGAAAGAAAGAGUUCAGAAUGAAGCACUUGGGAACUUCAAAUCCCAACGAAAGAGUAUAGAGCUUGGCAUGCUGAAUGAACUGGAGCAAGAUAAAGAAAUUAUUGAGAAAUUAAAAUAAAGUACCAAUUCUCAAGAACCAAUUCAUCUUCACAAGUCCUCGAAUUCCUAGUGAAGAACAGAAGGAAGGGUUUAGUUUCAAGAACAACAGUAUGUCAAGACAGAAGAGUUUACCUGCGAAAGAGAUGUCUACAACUACACAAUUAGGAAAGGUCGAUUGGAUCAGACCUAAAAUCUCCAGAAAACCAUUCAUUAAAGAAACCUUACCGAGCUACAAACAGUCUGAAUAUGGCUUAUUUAAUGAGAAUUUGGAAAAAGAGAAGAUAACACUCAAUCAUCAAAGAAAAAUUGGGAAGGGAAUAGACCUCUCUGACAUGAUCAAUUCAUCCUACAUUGUAGAGAAGAACAACAAUAAAGUGAAUAACCAAGAUAUCAAAGAGAGGGAAAGAAUUGGGGUGUAUAUGAACCCUCUUAGAAAAGAUAAAUUAACUCAAAGAAAUACUAAUAUGUCAGGUACAAAUACUCUAUUCAAGUCUGAUGACGGAUCUCCUCAAGAAUUUCUUGAUAAAAUCGAAAAUGAAGCCCAAAUGACGAGUAGUCCCAGAGAAGGGUCUAGUUAUGAUUUUACACAUGAAAAUGGAAUGAAAAAAGAAACCCUUAAUGCCUCAUGGCUUGAUGGUAGACCAAGAAAGAAACAGAUAGGCCCAAACAAAAAUGAAACAAGCGCUGCUUUCAUGAUGGGAUAUAACACAAAAGAGAAAACAGUCAUGGAUGAGAUCAAGAAAAGAAAUGGUAGCUUAGGCUUGAAUGGAAGAAAUAAUCAUAGAUAUUCAACUAUGGACGCUCAAAAAUUUCCUUCCUCUUCACAUAAGCUUCAAACUUUUCAGGAUAAAGGAGAGUUAAGAGAGAACAAAGCUAUCUUACUUGAGGCUGCUGAAGAAUUACUCAAAAAGAAUUCACCCAAGAGAAAGCCCAAAACAAAGAUAAAGUUAAAAAAGAAAGUUGCAACAGGUAGGAAGAAAUGGGCAUAAAUAACAAAAUGGAUGGGAGUUUCAUAAUUCAAUUUAAUUC